AUGGGUCUCUGCGUAUCGAAGCCGAAGCGUUGGAAGUGGGUGGCGUCGGAAGCUCUCGCCGCCGACCUCCCGGAAGGCAUCAUCCGCCUAAACGCAGAAAGCCCGCCACAGCAGUUGGAACGGGUCAAGCACAUCCUUACAAGCGCAUUCCUCGGCUCCACAGAGAAGUUCGGCGAGCUGGGCAUGGAAUGGAUGCACGAGAAAUGGCUCCGGCCUGACGAGGACGACGAGCUGUGGAGCGGCCCGCUCCGCCAGGACCCGGGUGAAAAAGCGGUCCAGGCGUGGGGAUGGUGCGUGGAGUUCUGCAUGCAAGUGGCACUUCGGAAGGGCGCGUUGGUCGUGGCGAGUAUGGAUGAAGAGACCAACCAGAUCGCGGCGGCAGCCGUCGCGUUUCCCCCGAAUGACGAGCACAUGCACGACCCAGGCUUUUGCCUGACCCUCUCCAUCGUAAACCAGAUUGGCUACCCCCCCGCGUGCAUGAAGGAGUCUUGGUACAAAGCGCGCACCGACGCAUGUAUGGCAGCCAUGAAACGGGCCCACAACGAGAAUGCGUCCGGUCCGCACUGGUACCUGCAGUUCGUGGGUGUCGCAGCGGAUAUCCAAGGCCGCGGCCACGGCAAAAAGUUGCUGCUGCUGAUGAAUAGUCUCGCCGACGCGGACAACGUGCCAGCCUACCUGGAAGCCUCGGGCGAGCGCAACGAGGGUUUGUACCAGCACUUCGGUUACGUGGCGAGGAACCGCUAUGUGAUUUCGGGCAAGAAGAUCGAGCGGCCCAUGGACCUCAACGGCGGGGUGAUGGCCAUGGUGCGCGAGCCGAACGCAGGUACUCGGAACUAG